CUCAGUAUCUAGUUUCCAAAUGCAACUCGUGCACGCUCGUUGAUUCUUGCCUGGCCCUCUCAGUCUCUAAGAACGCCAUUUUGUCCUGGGCCUUUAUUUUCCUAAGAGUGAAACUGUGGUGUUUACACAAGUCCACAAUCAGUUGUUUUUGUAGCCAUGGCUGAGAGCUCAUCGGCAGGAGAACCGGUACCGACUGAGGUGCAGGAUGGAGCCGGAGUUCGUAAGCUAUCAGAGAUGAGAGUGAUCGACUUGAAAGCUGAAUUAAAAAGACGAAACCUAGACACCAGUGGCAAUAAGAGUAUGCUCUCGGAGAGGCUGAAAAAGGCAAUUGAAGAAGAAGGGGGAAAUUCAGAUGAGGUGGUUGUCAUAUUAGACGCAACUCCGAAGAAGGCACCCAAACGAGCCAGCAAAGGGAAAAGACAGGAAAGUGAUGGACCUGAAGACUGCACAGUUGAAGAGGAUUCUGGUGAUGGGCAGGAUGAUCCUGAGAUGAACCUGGACAACCUGCAGGAAAUGGACAUCAUGGACAUGAGUGUGUUAGAUGAAGCUGACAUCGAUAAUGGCAUUCCCGCUGACUGUGAAGAGUACAAUGCCGAUGAAAUCCUGGACUCACUUUCUAACGAUGGAAAUCCAGAAGCCGCGCUCGAGGAGCCCACCUCUGACAAUGAAAACGCCAAUGAAUCCGACUCUCUGGAUGUGCUGGCGGAGCUGAAGCCAGACGAUGAAAUAAUGGAGGCUGAAGUUGCUGACACAAACUCAAAAGAUGAGGAUCUAAACUGCCUGUCAUCUAAAGAGGAGCUAGACGAGGAGCCAGAAGCCAUAAACGAAGAAGAAAAUGAGAAAGUAGCCGGGUCUUGUAUAUCUGAGCCGCUUAACGAAGAGCACCUGGAUCCGUCAUCUGAAGAAGAGCCAACUGCCAUCGAGAGCUCUGUGAAUGUCGCCGAGGAAGAAAACGUAUUUGACUCCGUCAAAGCGGACGAUGCCCUCAAUUUGGAGGGCGAAGUGUCGGCUAGCGACAUUGAACAGACUGAAGAAAAACAAAAUGAGAGCGAAUCUAAAGAGGAGGAAAAACAAAGUGUCCAAGAUGACGCUAUGGACACAGAAAGCGCGUGCGCUCCGGUUGCUAGUGUAAAUGAACAGGGUUCAAACGAAACCGAAUGUGCUGUUGAGUGUGAAAUGGACUCAAAAGCCGAGGCCGAGGAAGAAGCCCAGAAGACGGAAGAGAACGCUGCUGAACCGUCGGCAGCGAAAGAGUCCUCUACUGUUGAGGGCGAUGAUCAGAAAAAGAGUUCUGAUGAGGAAAAAGGUGUUAAGCCUGAAUCAAAAGAUGAAAAAGCCCCAGCUGGUAGUGCAGCAGCCAGUAGUGGAAGAAAUCUUUGGGUUAGUGGACUCUCUUCCACCACCAGAGCGACUGAUCUGAAGAAUCUGUUCAGCAAAUAUGGCAAGGUGGUGGGCGCUAAGGUGGUGACGAACGCCCGGAGCCCAGGCGCACGCUGCUAUGGCUUUGUGACGAUGAGCACUACAGACGAGGCCACCAAGUGCAUCAGCCACCUGCACAGGACGGAACUGCACGGGCGCAUGAUCUCCGUGGAGAGGGCUAAGAACGAACCAGCAGGAAAGAAGCCUGCGGAAAAAAACGAUGCUAAGAAGUCUGGAACCGACAGGCGGCACUCUUCUGAGUCCAAGUCUGAAAAGUCAGAUGCAAUCAAGGAUGAAAAAUCAGAAGGCGGUGAAGCAGGAAAAGAUGGCAAAGGGCGUGGGGCAGAAAGGACAGUUGUGAUGGAUAAAUCCAAGGGAGAGCCUGUCAUCAGUGUGAAAACCAAAAGCAAAGAGCGAAGCUCAAAGAGCCGGGAUCGCAAAUCUCCAAGCAAGGAGAAGAAGGACAUCCUCUCCUUUGACCAGAUCAAGGAGCAGCGGGAGCGCGAGCGUCAGAGGCAGCGCGAGCGCGAGAUCCGGGAGGUGGAGAGGCGGAGGCACUCUGGCGAGCGGGACCGUGACCGGGACAGCCGCGCGGAGCGCGAGCGCAUCCGCCUGUUCCGGGAGAAGGAGGAGCGGGAGAGGCUGCUGCGCAAGCGCAACUGGCUGGAGGUGGAGAAGCAGCGGCUGGACGCCGACCGCAUGGAGCGCGAGUUCCUGGAGCGCGAGCGCGUGCGGGUGGAGUACGAGCGGCGGCGAGAGCAGGAGCGCAUCCACCGCGAGCGUGAGGAGCUGCGGAGGCAGCAGGAGCAGCUGCGCUUCGAGCAGGACCGCCGGCCCCUCAAGAGGCCCUACGACAUGGACGGCCGGAAGGACGACUGGCACGACAAGCGGAUGGCCAUGGACGACCGCUACGGGCGCUCGGACUUUGGCCGCCAAGAACGCUACCAAGACUUUGACCACAGGGACCGGGGGCGCUAUCAGGACGACAUGCUUCCAGACCGGAGGGAUGGGCCACGGGGAAUUGUUGGAGACAGAGAUAGCCAGCAUUUCUCAGACCGUGGAGACAGACAUGGACGGGACUCUCGUGACUCCUGGGGGGGUUAUGACAAACGCGGCCUCAAUCAGUCCAGGGAUGGACGUGAUUGGGAUGGGCGGAAAAUGGAUGGUGACAGACCCUGGCAAGGUGGAGACCGAGGCAUCCCAGGACAGGGUCACAUACCAAGAGGAGGAAUGGCAGGGCGCGGGGGCUACGUGCAGGGGGGGACCUCGCAGGGCCUCUCGGGGGCCCUCAAUCGGCAGAACCAAAUGAUGCAAGGCGGCGGAAUGCAGGGGGGCGCCUUCGGCCGUCGUUACUAACGACGAGACGUCCUCCGCCACACCCGUUUGAGUGUCAUAGUGUUCCCUUCGCCAGCGUACAUACCGCUUACGGAAGCUUCGUCAACUCAGACGUUACCCUUUUUGUAGUCCUGCCUGGAUUUUCACGUUCUGCGACUGAAUAACUAGCCGCACGCCCAGCCAGCCAGCCUGGUUCUGCAUACCUGGGUUUUAAAACGUCACAGGUGUUUCAUUGAUUUUUUUUUUUUUUUUUCAUUCCAUGUGUCCUUUGUUUUAAAAGUAAAUGGAAAAACAAGUCGAUGUGAAAAUACAAUUCUGUAUUGUUAUUUUUUUUUUUUCUAUUUUCAUGUCUUUUAAGUGAUGAGGGUUAAGUCUUGAGAAAUGCUCAGGAGCGUUUCACAGUGCUUACAGGUUUACUGAACACUGUGGCUUGGGGUGAAUUUUGUUAUGAACAAUUAUUUAGCUUGAUAAUGAACAUGCAAUAUUGGAUGUAUUUCAAUAAACUACCUUGGAUUGUA